AUGGCAAAAGUCCCACGCUCGUUCCGCCUGCUGGAGGAGCUCGAGAAGGGCGAGAAGGGUAUCGGCGACGGGACGUGCUCGUACGGCUUGCAGGACGGCGAGGAGAUGUCGAUGGAGAAGUGGAACGGGACCAUCAUCGGGCCGGGACACACCGUCCACGAGAACCGCAUCUACUCGCUCUCGAUCCGCUGCGGCCCGCAGUAUCCCGACGUCCCGCCCGAAAUCACCUUCCUCACGCGUAUCAACCUCCCCUGCGUCGACCAGAGUACCGGCAAGGUCUCGCCCAAUAAGCUCGGCGUCCUGGCGAACUGGAAGCACCAGUACACGCUCGAGACGGUGCUGGUAGAGCUGAGGCGGGACAUGGCGACACCGCAGAACCGCAAGCUCAACCAACCAGCCGAAGGCACGACUUUCUGA